CAACUUCUCGUCUUAUCAGUCGCAAAGCAUGGCCCCACCAAACGUAGCCGUCAUCGUCGGCUCAUCGCAGGGACUCGGCCUGCACCUGGCCCGCUCCUACCUGGCCCGUACCGACUUGCAGGUAGUUUCCCUCUCCCGCAAGCCCUCUGAGGCUCGCAAUGCUAUCCUUGACACAAAGGCCGCUUCGCCUCUCAAUCUCAAUGGGCCCAAUGGCUCCAAGAAGACGGGAGAAGCGGAUGCGGCUAAUAUGAGCCAUCUGGAGGGAAGUAGGCUGACGAACUUGGAGGUCGAUGUGCGCAAUGAGGAGAGCCUGCAGCAGGCUGCCAGCGAGGUGUCCAAGAAGUUUGGCGACAGUAGUCUCAGGCUUUUGUUCAAUGUAGCGGGAAAGUUGACACCGGAGAAGAACCUGGGACAGGUUGAGUAUGAGGAGAUGUUGGAGCAAUUCAAGAUCAACACCUUCUUCCCUCUCCUCUCCUUCAAGCACUUCGUUCCCCUCCUUCCCAAGCCAGUCUCGACCCCAAACCAGCCCGUAUCAGAGAAGGAUGACCCGGCACACGGCCUUCUCCCUUCAACACACUCCAUCCUCGCCUCCCUCUCCGCCCGCGUUGGCUCCAUCAACGACAACGAGCGUGGCGGCUGGUACAGCUACCGCGCGUCCAAGGCGGCACAGAACAUGAUCACCAAGUCCCUCUCGCGCGAGCUGGCCAAUCGUAAUCUUGCAGCUCUCGCUUGCGCCUUGCACCCGGGUACGGUCAGGUCUGAGCUGAGCAGGGAGUUCACCGGCGGUCCAGGUGGGAUGAAGGGCAAGGAGAAGAAGGAGGGCGAGUUUGAGGCGGAUGAGGCUGCCAAUAAUUUGAUCGAGGUGCUCAAGGGGUUGCACGACGUCAAGGGCGAUAACGGAAAGUUCUACGACUGGAGGGGCAAGGAGGUGCCGUGGUGAGCGCGCACACGAAGCGCAGGGAAGCGCGAUAGCACCGUCAAAAGGGAAUCAAAUCACAAUGAGCA